AUGAAGUAAACAACACUUUAAAGGUUCUUGACUUCUUCAUAGAAAAAGAAUCAACCUACAGGCUUAAAUAACACUAAAGUCUCUAAUGAUAAUAGUUUGAUCGAAGAAAAAAAGAUUGAAAUCUAAUAUAUCAAGCCAGCCGCUUCAUUUUAAAAGGAGGAGGGAGUUAAAGUAAUUAAAGAGCAAGUAGUUGAAAAUGUUCAAGAGAAGCCACAACAAUUAAGCAGAUUAAAAAGAAAUAGCAUUGUAGAUAGUGAAGAUGAAUAAGAAAAAAAAGAAGUGGAUCAAAACGAACUCAAAAUUGAUAAAUUCACUUUUGUGGGUUCUUAAGAAAAGAAUAAGGAGAAAAAGUCAUUGGCUGUCUUUAUUAAAUAGGAUAAUACAAAAAAUAACACAAAAACUUCUUAAAAGCAAAAAAAAUCAGAAUGUGAUAAAUCUGGCAAACCUUUGAAAUAAUCUGCAAAAUUAGAGGAUGAGGAAAUUGACUAUUCUUAAGAAAAUAAAUAAGGAAAUCUAGAUUUCAGACAUCCCACAGACAAGAUCAAUGUAUAUGAAGAGUUUGAUGAUGUGACUCCGAAAUGGGCAAGUAUUGGCCUAUCUAGAGAUAAAAGUGGUAAAUUACAUGGGACUUCAGAUGCAGAUCCAACAACCCUCUUAAUUCCUUAAAGUGAUUUCAAUAAACUAACCAAAUGUAUGCAAUAAUAUUGGAAAUAUAAGAGUGAAAACUUUGAUAAAAUCAUCUUUUUCAAAUUAGGAAAAUUCUAUGAAUUAUUCUAUGAAGAUGCCUACAUUGGAAAUAAAUAUUUAGAUUUGAAUUGGAUGGGAAGAAAGAUGCAUACAGGAUUCCCAGAAAAAGCAGUCCACAAAUAUAAGGCUCUUUUAUUGGAGUAUGGAUACAAGGUUGUAAUAGUAGAUCAAACAGAAACUCCAGAAUAAAUGAAUCAAAGAGUAACCUAAAAUAAGAAGACUGGAUAGGGGAAUACUGAUAAAAUAGUCCAAAGAUAAAUAAGUGAGAUCUUGACGAAAGGGACGUAUUUGUAUGAAGAGGGAGAAUCAUAAAUGAAUCUAGAUGAAAAGGUUUUACUAGUGAUAAGAAAGAAAAUCAUAUCGAACGCAAUAGAAGAAUAUGGAAUAGCCAUUUUAGAAAGAUAAACAAAUACGAUAUCACUUGCAUUUAUUGAAAAUCGAGAUAAGAACUAUGAGUCUCUCAAGACUUUAUUACUUCACAUGAGACCUGUGGAAACAGUCAUUGAUUAGCAUAAUCUACCCUCGCAUGAUCCAAUUACCAAAAUGAUAGGGGGAUCUGUUAUUUAAAGUGUGAUUUCACAUCUUACAGCAUCUUAAGAUAAUUGGGAUGAAAAGAAGGCCUUAUUUAGACUUGAACAGUAUUAUUAAAAUGAAUUUCCGCCAGCCAUUAAAUUCUAUAAGAACAAUUAAGUUGUCCUUUAAGCUUUAAAUGGAUUGUUUACUUAUUUGAAUUAUAUCCUAAUUUUAGAUAAAGUUCUGGGAUGUGCAAGAUUCAAAAUAUAUAAUGAAGUAUUUUCACUACAACAAUGUAUGAUUUUAGAUAGUCAAGCAAUUUAUCAUUUAGAGAUUCUGUAAACUACUAAUUCAGUAGACAAAAAAGACUAUUCCUUGUUUGGUGUCUUAAAUAAAACAGUUACUCCUGGUGGACAUCGAUUAUUAAGAAGGUGGGUUUGUGCUCCCCUUUAUUAAGUUGAUCAGAUUAGAGAGAGAUAGGCAAUGGUGUGUGAUAUCAGCAACUUUAGAAAGGAGAGAGAUUUGUUUAGAUAGAGUAUUAAGCAAUUUCCAGAUUUUGAAAGAAGAUGCAGUAGAAUUUAUGAAUACUCCAUCAAAUCUGAAAGUAAAGCCGUAUUUUAUGAAAACCUCUCUGAAUAACGACUAAAAGAAUUUAAGAGUUUGACCUCAACUUUGAAACUUGCUUAGGAAGAGAUAACCUUAUUCGGUUAAUUGUAAAUCAACUUCAAAAGUGAAAGGUUAAGAAAAAUGAUGACUUUUGAAGCUAAUGGAGGUUUAUUGCCCAAUGUUUAGGAAUAAUUAAACGAAUUUGAAUAAUAUAUCAUUUGGGAAAAGGAAAAAGAUAAAGAAAUCCCUAAACCAGUUCCUGGAGUCUUAGAUACUUAUGAUCAAUCAAUUGCUGGAGUUCAAUUAGUUUAAUAGAAACUUGAUAAUUAUCUCUAGCAAAUUAAAAAAAUAUUAUUUAAGAAUAAUGGUAAUAUUCAGUUUGUGCAUACAAAAUUUAGAUACGAGAUUGAAAUUCCAGAUGAGUUAGUGGAAAAGUCAAAACCUGAAGAUUUUGAAUUUACAUCUUCAAGACAGGGAUACAAGAGAUAUAUCACUAAAGAAAUUAAGGAUAUGGUUACUGAGUUAGAAUAAGCAGAGGAAUUGAAAAAGUAGUAAUUAAAUGCUUUUGGGAAUUUCAUAUUCAAGCAUUUUUAAUCUAAUUAAAGUGUUUGGGAUACUCUUAUUAAAAUAUUAAAUGAAUUGGAUGCAUUAUGUUCCUUGAGUGUCUUUGGAGAUACUUCAGAAGGGAAGAUGACUAUGCCCACAUUCAAUACUGAAAAAACAAAGUUAGUUAUUAAAGAAGGGAAACAUCCAUGUUUGUCCAACAUCAAUUUUGUAUCUAAUUCAAUUGAUAUGGGAGAAAAGCUGUGUAAAUUUUAAUUAUUGACCGGUCCUAAUAUGGGAGGAAAAAGCACUACUCUAAGAAUGGUCUGUGUUCUAGCCAUUUUAGCCUAACUUGGAUGCUCAGUUCCAUGUGAGGAAAUGGAACUCUCUCCUAUAGAUAGGAUAUUUACUAGAAUAGGUGCAAAAGACUAUCUAAUGGAAGGGAAAUCAACAUUUUAUGUGGAAUUAGAAGAAACAUUAAUACCAUUAAAAUAUGGAACCAAAAAUUCUUUGUUUAUCACCGAUGAAUUAGGAAGAGGAACUUCCACAUAUGACGGAGUAGCUAUUGCUUCUGCUGUUAUGCAUUAUCUUAUUAAGACUAUUUAAUGUAGAGUCUUAUUUGCAACUCAUUUCAGAAUUCUGGUUGAAGAGGCCAAACUAAUUAGUGAAGUUACAAAUGUUCAUAUGGCUUGUUAUAUUUAAGAUGGGAAAGUCAUCUUUCUAUAUCGAUUAAAGGAAGGAGCAUGCGAAGCAUCUUUUGGGAUUAAUGUGGCUAAAGUGGUAGGAAUCGAGAAUUCCAUAAUUACUCGAGCUGAAGAUAUGGCAAAUUUCUUUGAAAAUAAGGUUCAAAAGAACACAGAACAAACUCUGCAAAAGUUUAAUUAAAUUAUGAAGGAAUAUGGGAUUGUGUGA